ACAGCCGUCAGCUGUUUUUUUACUCAGGCGGGCGGGCUUGUACACGAGUUCACACGACGCAAGCAUUUUUACAUACCUGGCGGUAUUUGGCACAGUUGAUUUCGAGCAGAAGGUUUAGCCGGUUGUUAUCAUAAAUACUAAAAAUCUCUUGGAUUUAAAGAAGCUAACAACCAACAAGAAAAUAUUAAAAUGGCUGAACCUAUCAGAGUUGUUGUCACCGGCGCUGCUGGUCAGAUCGCCUACUCUCUGCUCUACCAGAUUGCGUCUGGUGCCGUGUUCGGCCCCAACCAGCCAGUCUACCUCCACCUUCUUGAUAUCGCCCCUAUGAUGGGAGUCCUUGAAGGUGUGGUCAUGGAACUGGCUGACUGUGCCCUGCCUCUUCUCGCUGGUGUUCUGCCAACAGCUAAACCUGAGGAAGCAUUCAAAGAUGUUGUUGCUGCAUUCCUCGUUGGUGCCAUGCCCAGGAAAGAGGGUAUGGAAAGGAAAGAUCUCCUUGCCGCCAAUGUUCGCAUUUUCAAGGAACAGGGUCAAGCCCUUGACAAAGUUGCCCGCAAGGAUGUGAAAGUCCUGGUUGUUGGAAACCCAGCUAACACAAAUGCUCUUAUUUGCUCUAAGUAUGCUCCAUCCAUUCCUAAAGAGAACUUCACAGCUAUGACUCGCCUUGACCAGAACCGAGCCCAGUCUCAGUUGGCAGCUAAAAUUGGUGUUCCUGUACAGAAUGUAAAGAAUGUUAUUAUUUGGGGUAACCACUCAUCUACCCAGUUCCCAGAUGCAUCCAAUGCAGUUGUGACUGUUGGUGGUGCUCAGAAACCUGUGCCUGCAGCUAUCAAUGAUGAUGCUUACUUGAAAUCUACCUUCGUCACAACAGUUCAGAAGCGUGGAGCUGCCGUUAUCGCCGCAAGAAAAAUGUCUUCUGCUUUGUCUGCCGCGAAAGCCGCAUCUGACCACAUGAGGGAUUGGUUCUUGGGUAGUGGCGACCGUUGGGUGAGCAUGGGUGUUGUCUCCGACGGAUCAUAUGGUACCCCCCGUGAUGUCGUAUUUUCGUUCCCUGUCACAACCGCCAAUGGCAAAUGGAAGAUCGUACAAGGCCUGACCAUCAAUGACUUCGCUCGCCAAAUGCUCGAUGCUACGGGCAAGGAACUGGCCGAAGAAAAACAAGAGGCCAUGGACGUUUGCAAAGAUUGAUCUAGCACAUAGAGUAAUAAGCAAUAUAGAUUAGUUUAUACAUUAUGUACGAUCUGUAGCCGCUCAUUAAUUACAGUUAUCACAGAACGGCUUCAUUGUGAUCAACAUAGCUAUUAGUUUCGAAGGUCGCACGUAAUAACUUAUCUGUCCAAUCUGUCAUAUCAUCUGACUGCAAAAAUUUGCUUUAAUUAGGCAUUUCUUUUAUGGUUUUGAAUAUACUGUUUUUUAUUUUCAUAUUUCAAAGCAUUUAUAUUAUAUAAAUUUCGUAAUAUUUUUGAGACUUUUAUUUUAUUUUUCUGGUUCAUAUUUUUUGAAUAAUUAGAUAUUACAUAAGUCUAUUCUGUUAUCAUGUUUUCUGUUAGUUGUAAAUUGAUAACACACUGAACCAUUGCUUGAUGAAGGUCACUGUAAAUAAAGAUUAUUAUUAUUUUA